GAUUUGCAGAUGAAGGAACGGCAGAUUAGAGAAGAAUUGGUGGUGAGAGGCGGAGAAAAUGCAGAUCUUCGUGAAAACUUUGACGGGUAAAACCAUAACCCUUGAGGUUGAAUCCAGUGACACUAUUGACAAUGUCAAGGCCAAGAUUCAAGACAAGGAAGGAAUUCCUCCAGACCAGCAAAGGCUGAUUUUUGCUGGUAAGCAGCUAGAAGAUGGCCGCACUCUUGCUGACUAUAACAUCCAGAAAGAGUCGACUUUGCAUUUGGUGCUGAGGCUUCGUGGAGGAAUUAUUGAGCCUUCUUUGAUGGCUUUGGCUAGGAAGUACAAUCAGGAAAAGAUGAUUUGCCGCAAGUGCUACGCUCGCCUACAUCCCCGUGCUGUCAACUGCCGCAAGAAGAAGUGUGGGCACAGCAACCAGUUGAGGCCUAAGAAGAAGAUCAAGUAGAUGGUGCUUUUGAAUUUCUGUCAGCAUGUAGUUGCUCAUGUUGAGAAACGGAUUAGAUAUAUUGUUGGGUUGCUUGUUCAAUUUUAUCCUAAACUUUGAUGAAUUUGUGUUUUAUUUAUAUCAAAGAUUUUGAGCAUCUUUCUCUGUUAUAUUUUCCCAAGUAUUCCAAGAACAUCACACACAAUAGAUCUCUUGUUGACAUCCUAAUCGUAAUAUCAAACAAAAUUAGAAAUGCUAAUUGCAUCUCUAA